UUUGAAUCUAAAAUGUAGGUAUAUUAAUAUUGUAAUAUUUAUGAUAACGUGAAUAGAAAAUUGACUGAAGUCUAGCUCUUGGGUCAAAAAUCACACUAGCAAUUUUAAUUUCAAUUAGGAAAUAUUGUUCUAAAAACGUAUACUUAUGAAAAUUGUAUGUACUAUUUUACGAUCGAAAAAUAUCGAAUUAGUUUUUUUCCAGACCAAAGAGCUUGACUUCAACCAGAAAAUGCAUUUUGUAAAUUAUUUAGUUACUUUUCCACUAGGGUUUUUCUUCGGUAGUAAAGUAUUUUCGUCAGACAUAUCGACGGAAAUAAUUGGUACACUGUUAACAAAAAAUAAAAUAAACAGAGCGUUUGUGCGAGAAAAAUGACAAAACGUGUUCGCGGUUAGGCUGUUAAAACAAAAUAAUAUCGAUAUUUUGUUCCCUACGUAUGUCGUAUAGGUACCAUGCGUAUCGGCGGCGUCGUAACGAUCACCAAGUGGUAGUAGUGGUGGGACCGAUAGGCGGGUGAAUGAAUGUAACGGUACCGAUAACCGAAAGUGGGAACACUGGGGACGCAUGCGCGAAAACAGACGUGUAUUCGUCCGCUACCCGGUGUACUCAGGAGUUGAAUAGAGUUUUUUAUAACAAUACUUACCUGAAGAUUAGAGGGAAGGGGGUUGGGGACGAUCACCGCCCCCCAUCAAUUCAUUUGUUUGUGUAGGUAUUUGCUAUAUGCAUUGGUAUACACAUAUAUAUAAACAAACGAUAUUUUUUCACUCAAAUAAUUUUAAAUUCGAAGCGUAGCGGAAUAUUAUUCGGCCUUCCAAAAAAUGUAUAUCCGAAUUUCGCUCCGAAUCGUUUUUCGUUAGGAAUGGUUUAUCGUUGAUUACAAGUAUAAUAAAUAACUUUAUGUAUCCUAUACCAUCACAACUUAAACCACUUAACAUGGCUUCAUGUAAACUCAUACAAAAAUGACCGUUUUACCUGUAUUUAAAACAUAGUGUAAAUUCCUACACACUCCCUUUUUACUUGCCAAAAAUAGAUGAUGUAAUCUCCUACACAGACCUUUUUACAUUUUAGAUUCUAAGUGUGACGAGACAUGUUUAUUGAUUUUACAAUGAUGUUUAUUUGAGAUAAUUGUACCUAAGUGGGAAAAAAACGUACGAUUUUAUGAUUUUAUUAUUUUAAAUUAACAUGCACGACAUUUUAUACCAGAAAUAGUUUUCUAAUGGAAAAACGAUAAGAGACCGUUUUUAUUGCAUUUUAUAUGAAUAUUCGUAGAGACUUAUGAAUAUAAGAUAAUAAAAUGUAAAAUAAAAUUUAAUAAACAUAUUAAUUUAAUUUAAUUUAAUCCGAUACGAUUACCGGAAAUUCUCGAACAUUUCGAUAACGUAUACGUUAUUUCCGUAAAUUGGAAAUACAACAAUUUCCAUCUUUUAUUUUUGUAGUUUAUGACUGGUUUUUAUUUAUUUUAAAAUACCUUAUAUUACUUUUUAAAACUUUACAACUAUCUAGCGAAGGAGUUUACACUAUUUUGUAUAAGAGUUAACACUAUGUCAAUGUAGAAAAUUCCCUACUUUUAUAGGAGUUUGCUAUCCCUCCUUAACAUACAGUGGCCUCAUCCGUAUCAGCUCUUUGUCAUAUUUGUAAAAAUUGUUUAAAAAAAUAGGUAUUACUUUUUAGUAGGUACCUGAUGUAUGUUGUUUGUUUUGUUACGUAAUUAUUUAAUAAUAGUAUAAAACACAAAAUUAGUUUGUGUUUAAGACCUUCUAGGGAGUUUUAAAAAAUGGUAUGGUAUUAUGUAAAUUUGUAAAAAAAAGUAUACCUAAGGUACAAUAUGUUUUAUUUCAACUCCCAGGACACCAAGGAUUUUUUUUUUUUUUUUUGCGGAGGCUUGAGGACUAUAGCCCCCCUUCGCCUUCCUUGAGUUAAGUUAGAUACGUCACUGGUACUUACACUAGUACAAGGACACAAACAGGGGCGAAUAAUCCCAGUGUCUCGUCUUUUCUAACUAAAUGGGCCGUGGCUAUGGCGUAACGACCGUGAAAUGAGACAUAAAAGUUAAAUUUCUCUAGAACCGGCCUCAAUCUGCCUAUUAGUCCCUAGCACACAAUAAGGCAAUUCAGUCCUCCUAACUCUAGGUAACUAUUAAUUUGUAUCGUAUUAUGCAACGAUAUGGAAUGCUCGCAUUAAAAUAGUGAUACAAUUAUUUGCUACUUUAAUGUAUUUAAUUUUCUUUACUUAUUGUAUUCAUUUAAACAAUUACAAUUUAGAUAAGUACCUAGUUAAUCUAUAAUUUGUCAUGGUUGAACUAGAAGUACUCUUCUACAACAACUCAACUUUAAAUUAAACACCGAUUAAUAUUACUUUAUUAUUUAGGUAAUUGUUUUUUUCAAUUUCCUAGUAUUAUUUACAAGUACCUUACCUAUAAGAGGCUAUAAUGACUAUUUACAUUAUUUAAAAAACAAUACGUCGUAAAUACGUUACUUGUUUUACGUUGGCACCCGUUAUUUUAUGCGAUGGUUAAAUCAUGAGUGUACGGGUUGAAUCAUUUUAAAAUGUUUGAAAGUUAUUUAUUGGAAUACCUAUAGUUCAAAACCAUUGCGGAUCGUACCUACACGAGAACAUAUUUUGUACUUCAAAUAUUUAACUACUGAAUACUGAUUAUAAUUUCGUUGAAAUUUAUAGAAGUCAAAUUGGUAAAUAACACUAGUUUGAUUUUUAAAUAAAAACGAUGAAAUAAGAAUGAAAGUGGCAGACAGAAUGUAUUAUUAGGUGUAGUGCAAGUGCGUUAAGGUUAAGCUAGGAUUAGGAAUGAAUAUAAUAUACAAUGAUGUAAAUCAGAAAUUAUGGAUUAAGAUGAGGAGAUAUUUAGAGAUUGAGGUGUUAAAAGAAGGAGAAACGAUGAGAUAUAAUUAAGAAGAGAUGUGAGGGAUAAACGUUGACAGAAUACGAAAGUGCCUAGAGGAGAUACGAAAGCGCGUGUAAAGUAGUUAAAUGAGGAAGCAGUAAUGGUAGAAAUAAAGAGUAGUUGACCCGACUUGCGUGGGGCAAAUACGAAGUAGAAGAAAAAAAUAUAUGUAGUAUUUAUGUAUUUAUUCGACUUAUUAAUGGACAUUUCCAAAUACUUUGUAGGUGCUAUCGAAUAGUUUUCGGUAGUUUAAAUGAACUAUAGACUAUUUUUCUUUUCCAUAACUGAAUACCUAUUAUUAUUCGAAGAAAAAUUAUCGAAUAGGUAUUUCGAAAAACUAUUUAAUUGUAUAGACUAUAGGGAUUUCCAUAAUCGAAUUAAAACCAUUCGAAUCAUUUAUUUCCAUAAUUAAAUAUAAACUAUACAGGUAUCUAUUCGAAAAGUUUUUUUUCAUACCAAACAGUAUUCAAUCUAUUGAAAACGAUCAACUGUAGAAUUGAUAGUUCGAGAAUAAUUUGGCUGUACCCAUCACUUAUUAGUUAUUAUUCUUCUGAUAUUACAAUACCGACUCACUGUCUGCUCUGUCCGAGUGAUCAUAGAACGCGGACAUGCAGUUUAACCGGCAUAGUAUUAUCGCCGCACAAUGUAUUCAGUAAUUACCUGGUUAGUAAUAAUUAGUGUUUGUAUAGGUUGUACACGUCGCGAUAUAGCUAAAAGGAUUAGCACAGUAGGGAAAAUCAAAAUUUGGAAUGAAAUCUUAUUGAAAACCGGUGAAAUUUUGCCUUUUCCGAGUUUUGACACGUGCCCAUAGGUGCGUUUAUAGUUUUAUGGGUGUAUUAUAAUGUUGCUCGCUUAUAGAAUUAGCGUUAUAAAUAUCGGGUAUGACAGUCGCGUAUUAUGGGUCAAGUAUCGUUGUUCACGUUAUCGCAGUGGAUAUAUUAUCCAUAGACUACAUCAACAAGUUAACCAUCGCACCAGCGCUCUAUAUACCUAUACACAAUACACAUAGACAUGCCUUUACAGUGUGUGCGCGUGUUAUUAAUAUUAUGUAUAGGUCCAACCCGACUGACCCUGUUUAUGUAGAGCCAAUCAAUCGCGUGUCCCCCAGUCGUAUGCGAGCUCAGCUGUCCACUCCCCGCGGCUUGUCAACGACGCACACGGAUACAGCCAUUUUAUACAGGUAUAUUAAAAAAUAGCAGCACCCACGACGGCGCAUAAUAAUUAUACCUAUAACGGGUGACAUUAUUACCCGCUACGCCGUCGCUCGCCACAAACUCUCGUAUAGGUGACCGAUACCAUGCGAGCCCGUUGCAUUGGCGUGUUUGAAAAAAUAAAAAACAAAACAAAACGAAACGAAAUUAUUAUCUCAUUGUUCGACGCGUUCCGAUCGGCCGUGGACUGUCCGAAAAUAAUAUUAUGUUCCGUUGUUGUUUCUGUCGCCGUCGGGUGGUCGGAAAACCGCUUUCCGGCGGACAUCCGUCGUCGUCGGCCGACGCAGAGGAGGACGUCGUAACGCCGCCCCCGUUGCCGGCUGCGACCAAACGCAAAUACAAAUUUCACAACUCGUCGUUCGCGGGCUACCACAGCAAAAGAAACUCGAAAAACCGCAAACACAAUAAUAUUGUACCUCUGAAUCGAACCAUGUUCGUGGUGCCCGUGCACGUGCCGCCCGGGUACGCGUCAUCCGCUACGGUUAUAGAGUAAGGUCCCGCGUGCGUGUACCGUAAAUGAAUACCGACUAAAUUUAAAGAAGAAAAAUCUGUUCACAAGUUCGGUCCAAAAAAAAAAAAUUAUCGAAAAAAACGCCCAGUAAAUUUAUUUUCCGUGCAUCGGUCAAAUUUUCGAUUAUUCCAUUUUCUGUCGACGAAAUACGCCCGGUUCAGAGGCACGCGUUCGCGGACUUGAAUGAAUUUCAAAAAUAUCGGACAAUGUUACGGAGUUUUUAUAUUUGUACUUAACACAACGUCAAAAAAUCGGGAUUUCGAUAUUUUUUAAAUCCUUUUCGACGUCAUUUUAAUGUAUCGCAUAUUUUUACGGGAAAAUGAAAAUUUUGACCGUAUAAAAAGGGCAAAUGUAGUGGUGUUUUUUGGAUGUUUUGAUUUUUUUUUUUUCGGCCUUACGAGUCUGACUUCGUUAGGUCGUUAACUGGACUUGGACGAAACGUAAUAUUAGAAAUAGCGCGGGAAUAAAAGUGGCCAACCCGGUCAUUUUUGAGGCGUGAGAACGCGGGAUGAAGAGGAAUCGGAAAAUAUAAUAAUAUCAUGAUUUGACGUUGUAUUUUUACAGCAACUUCUAAAGUUUACCUACAAUAAAUUGCCGACGGUUUUUUCCAGUAUCGAAUCGUCCGUGAAAAUAUCAAGAGGGAUGUUUUCCGUGACCGUGGUGCCCGCCGCCGAAACGAGACGAGAACUGCGACAACCCAGCGCCGCGACGGAUGAUUCGAACGACGUCGUCGGCAAUAACAAGACGACGGACGACCUCGAGAACGAAAAAUCGAACGACGACGACGGCGGCGGCGCAAUAAAAGAAAUCCAAAUGGUCGACCUCAACCGGACAAUACGACCGAACGAUAGCGAAACGUUUUCGCAUCACACGACCGCGGUAAACGGUUUCGUCAAACCCAACGUUCAGCUAUACACGGUCACGACCAGCACAGACGAACGUCCCGUACAAUCGCAUAAUAACGAGUGAGUCACGUGCGUGUCGAAGUAAAGUUUUUUCUUGUUUCCGCCGUAUUUCGUUUUACACUCCAUGUGUAAUAGUGGGACUCACAGACCAUGGGCGGUCAAAUAAGGGGAGGGGGAGAGAGGUAGGACGUAUUCUCCCUCCAAUCGAGUAAUUUUUCUUAAAUAUUUAUAAUAAUAUAGUGAUUUUUCUUUUAUUACAUACUCAGCUAGUGCUCGAAUCAUUUUUCCGGUUAAAUUAUACAUAAAUUAAAAUGUUCUGCAACCUAUAUUUGGAAUUUUUAAGCGAAAUGUAAGACGACGAUUUUUGUGAGCACUUAGAUUUUUAACAACACGUAAUGAGUAUCCUGUGACAAUACCAACUUUGGUUUUUCUAACGAGAACCUAUCAGGGGCAUCAUUUUCUCACGGGAUGCAAAACGAAUAGGUAUUGAAAAUUCAUUAACAAAAACCACUCGUUUUAAUCGCGUACCACAUACAAGACACAACUAAUACAUUACCAUGUAAAAUUUAAUUUUUCAAUUAUAAAAUAUUAAUAUUAAUUUUUGAUAUACAUACAAUAUUCAAAAACCAUAAAUGAUGGUAAAUGAAGAAAGGUAGUACUGUUUGUUUAAAUUGCUCAAACUACAUUAAACAGUGUUGUGUAGGUGUAUAAAGUAUAAUAUUUUUUAAUAAUAAUAAAAUAAAAAAUUUACUAAUCCAUACGUUAUAAGUUUAUAACCAACAAAUAUUAUAUUAUUUUUGCUGUGUUUAUAUCUUCUUUUACUGAUUAAAUAAGAUAAAAAAAGAUCAAUAACGAAAUCGGUGCUAAUCUAUAAAGAUAUUAAACUUCAGUUUCAUAUUUAUGUGAUUAUCGUUAAACUAUUGUGAUGUGAUUUUUGCUAAAUUAUUAUAUUACAAAUUAAAAUUCAAUGAAAUUACCUGCAAUUACAUAUUUUCAAUAUGUUAAAAGAAAUGUAUGGGAUGCAUUUACAUACCCUUGCAUUCCGUAAAUGACCUAAAUGGAACCUAUAUGUUUUAAUAUAAAAUUGGCAUUUACAUGAUUUGUCUGAAAAUCUUGGUGUAAUUCAAUCGAAAUUUGAACGAAAAAUGUCAGAAUUAUUCUACUUUAAGUACUAAAGAAUAACAAAUGUACUAUUCAAAACAAGAAAUUAUCUGUUCACAUGAAACAGUUAGCAUCCAAUCACCGCAAAAGACUAGGUAGGUAGGUGCCUAUCAUCCUAUUAAUAUUUAAAGCAGAAUAACUCAGAAACAUUUCGUUUAAAUUUGGAUUACAAUACGUCAAAAUGUUGAACAAAAAUCAUUAAUUUGCAUAAUUUUUUUUUAUCAAAACAUGAUUCUUAUUUGAAUAACCAAUGCUAUUAUUACAGGAUACUCCUUAAAAUUACUAUACAACAUUUAAUGUUGCGAAAAAUCAAAGUACUCAAAAAUUUUCUCGUUCACUGCACUUAAAAAUUCGAAAAAACAGAAUUUGAAUUUAUGCAUAAAUCAUCCAUACAAAUGGGCUGAGCAUGCUUAAAAAUUAUCCUGCAUAUUUUACUAUAUCUUCAUAGGUAUAAAAAAAGAUUAUUUAAAUAAUAAUUGUUAAUUAUCCCUAUUUUCCCAUCCCAUUGGCACAAUAUAGACUUAUAUCUAAAUCUAGAUAUACGUAAACUGUAUCAAAUCUAGUCGGAACAUUCAAUGCAAAAACACGUCCUGGUAGGUGGAGUUUACUUACUGGAGGUAAGAUACUAAACGAAGUGUUUUAUUAAUUGACUGUUUCUGAAGUGCAGAGUUGCUCUAUCUCUCUCUCAUACUAUAGUCUAUAUUUCUAUAAUAUAUCAGUCCAUUUAUUUAUCUCGUGCUUUUCUUAUUCUCAUAAUAUGCCGUUUGAGUAAAAUCAAUAAUGAAUAUUUGGUAGUACUUUUGAUGUACCUACUUCAAUCUGAACUUUCGUAGGGGGGUUUAUAACUUGCAAAUUAGGAGACAGGUUUUAAGGUCUCAAAAAACUAACCACAUUUCUCAUGAUGUAUGGAAAACUCCAAGCAAUAAUUCCUAUGAAUAAAUCAUUAAUUGGGCUUUUUGGUUCAUUUAGUAAACCCAUAGCUGAAGUCAAACCCACAACCACGAUGACGACUGUAAAACGGACACCGACGGAAAGAAGAAAAUCUAUCGCGGGAUCACAGUUAUUAUCAAAAAAACAAGAAAAACGACCGAGCGAAAUUGGACCGAAUUUAACUCCGUUCAACGAACCGCAAAAAGCUUUGCAAUUAGUUUCUGUUCAGAUCAACAGCCCGGAAUGGUUGGUAUCUAUCUAUAUAAAUUGAAAAUCGUGUUAUUACGAAGACGAUAGCGUUACUCACAGUACUGAAUACUUAUCUACCGAUUUGUUUUGUACAGGGAAGCGGCUGUCACCGGAUUACAAAAUAUUUCGCGGUUGUCCAUGUUUCACGGAAAAGAAUUGCGUCCAGGUUCUUUACAGCCAUUCGCUCGUACUGUAGCCAAACAUAUAAAAAGUCUUAGGUCCCAAGUGGCUCGGGCAGCGUGCACGGCUGUACAGAAAAUGUUUUCCCACGUACCCAGAUCGGUUGAACCGGUAAGCAUAUGUACAGUAUGGCGGUUAUUUUUCUAAAUUGAACGGUAUAAUAUUUAUUAUUAUUAUUUUGAUAUAUAUUGUUCUGUACUCGAGCCAACUUUGGCGUUUAUUUCAAUAAAUAAAAAAAGACGUUAUAGGAUAAUGGGGACGGGUGCAGCCACUGUUAUAGAUAAUUUAGUAUAUACCAUUGCUUACGAAAAAACGAUUCAGAGCGGAGUUCAGUUGAUAGUGAUGUUUUGUUAACAAUAUACAUGUCAUUUUAUAGUAAAACAAAUAGGCUUUAUAUAAUUUCUUUAAUAAUAUUUAUUUAAUGUUGUACCGAUUUUCCUAUUUUUUCCCGGUUUUCCCAGGUUUUAUCCCGGUUUUCACAUAUUUGCUGGGAAAAUCGAAAAAUGACCUAUCUGAAGUACCUAACGAGUGAAAUUUCCUUUUAGAAACAUUGCUAUCAUUAAAAGUUGGAGCAAAAUUGCAGGUAGAAAAGUUGUGCACAAAAAAAGAGAAGGUCGUGAUAUAUUUUAAAUAAUACCUACAUUUCUUAUAUUUUCCCGUUUUUUUUUUUUUGGUUUUUCAAAUUUGACGAGAAAAAUUUUGAGAAAAUCUAAAAAUGAUCCGAGAAAGUCUUCUGGUAGAAAAGUCGCGCACAGAUAAAAAAAAAAAAAAUAUCUUUGUAAUACCAUAAGCUUAUUCGCUCCACUCAGAAUCUAAAAUAAAAAUGAAUAAUAGGAUGCCGAGGAAAUCGCUUCGGCACUGUUCCCGCGCACGGCUGAUACCAACAAAUUUCUACGAAUCCAAAGCGCCGAAGCUCUCAACGCAAUGGUCGACAAUGUAAAUCCUAUUAAAUGUGUACACGUAAUCACGUCCAAAGGCAUUAAGUAUGUCACUUUUAGUAUCGUCGUGGAAGUAUAGCAUUAAAAAAUAUAAUUUAACCUUUUUUUUUUUUUACAGACACGGAAACCGUAUGGUCCGUGCCGAAGCGUGCCGUCUCUUGGCAAGAGUAGUCGAUAAACUUGGAGUCAACGGAACACUUCAUUUGCCAACGGAAUCUAGAGACGCUGUGAUAACUGCCGCCACAAGUAUGGUGAUUGAUAACACACCUACUUCUCGGUAAGUGUAUGACAGACCGUGGCUAUUUUAUAAAUGCCUUUGUAGUACAUAAUGUACUAAUGUAUAAAAAUCUAUAAUCAAAUUGAAAAAAAAAAAAAAUGCACAUUAUGGUUUAAAUUAUUUUAAUUACCAAAUGUCUAGUGGCUCGGUCACUAGAAUUGAUACUUACAAAAUCCUCAAUCUCAAACAAUAUCCUGUCCCAAAACUAGCACACAUAUACAGAAUGAUUUUUUUAUCAUGAUAGAAUCAUUUAAGCUUUUUUUUAAAACUAUUUUUAAUUUUUUAACCCUACUCCAUGUACCUUAAAUAAGUGCAUACUUUUAAUUUUCUAAUUGAAACUCCCCCCCCCCUUUGAAUACAGAUAUGAAUAGAGAAUAUUUUUCUAUAGAUAGGUAAUUUAUAACCCUUAUCUACUCCUCUGGUCUAAACUUUAAUCUGUUAUAACUCAUAAACAAUAAAUCUGAUAUUAGUAUUAUGCAUAUCAAAAUUUCCAAAAAAAUAUUCUCUAUUCAAAUUUGUGUUUAAAAAGGGGGGAGGGUUGUCCCUAUUUGAAAAUCAAAAGUAUGCACAUAUUUAAGGUACAUGGAGUAGGGGUAAACAAUUAAAAUUGGUUUUAAAAUAAAGCUUAAACGAUUCCAUAAUGAUUAGAAAAAACACAAAUCAAAUUCACGUAAAAUAUUUUGAAGUAAUUGCUGGUUCUUGAUAAAAAAAAUCACCCUGUAUAACCUCCUGGUAGAUAAUAAUUGAACAAAUUAUUUUUUUGUGACAAUAUUUAGACAAGCUGCUCAACAUAUACUAGCAAAAUUGAGCGAAGAUCCGAGAGGUGCAGCGUUAAUAUCAUCAGCGGCUUCACCAAAUGUGAAAGCUACAUUAAAUAAAUCACUGUCAAGGAUAUUUCUUAAGUGAAAUUUUCUUUUUGAUCGGUGAAUUUAUUAAAAUAAAAAAUUAUAUGAAUGAUUAUAUUUUGUAUCAUCUAUAUUAAAAUAUUUUUUUAAUUGUUUUAUUAAGAAUAUUUUGUUUAUUUAUUUACAAAAAUUCUCAAAUAUAUAUUAUAUAAAUUUGCUUAUGAUUAUAAUUUUGAAUCAUAUCAAUAUAAACAAUAAAGGAAUACUAUGAAUAAGUAUACAAUUAAGUAAGUUGAUAACAAAAUAGUAAAUUAAUUAAAUAAUAGGAAAAUAAAUAAAAUACACAUAAAAAGUAUAUAAUGUAACAUUAACCAGUUGCAUGGUUACAAAAUUAUCUUAUUAGGCCACCUGGAAUAAAUAUAUUUUUCAACCAAAAUUCAUAAAAAAAAAAAAUUUAAAUGUUUAAGAUUCAUAAUAUGAAUUAUUUAAGAUUUGUACAGUUACGACCAGUGACUGGUUAAUUAAAUAUUUUACUUCGUUUGGUUAAUGACAUAAAGCGUUCUUUUUUUAAAUACCUAAAAUUAAAGUGUUUAUUUAUUUUUUCAUUUUAUUGUAGUUUUGACCGUUCAAUAGCUGUGUUAUGAUCAUCCUGAAAAAAUAUACAAGUUUAAAUUUUUUUAUCAACUUUCUACAAUAUAGUCAAGUAAGAAAUUAAAACUAGAUUCAAAUUAUUUACCUCACUGUAAUCCAAAAUUGGUACGGUUCUAAAAUAGGUCAAAUUUAAAAUUAAUAUUUAUUUUGCAUAAAAUGUAUGGGUAGCGACAAUAAUUCAAUACUCACGUUUCAUAUAAUGAACCUGGUAUGUUUUCUUCAACCCAUUUUAAAUCAUCAUCCUAUAAAAUAUUAAUAAAACAUUAAAUAUAAUUUAGUUAUACACAAUAUAGUUGUUAGUUUUAAAUGAUUUAGUUAAAACUGACAUGUUGCGUUUGACUUUUUGUGCUACUACUAUUUGAAGCAGGAUAAUCUUUGUAUGGUAUCACAUUAGAAUUUUGAUUAGACGAAUUGGUUGUAGAGGUCCUCAUCUUAACAUCUAAAAUAAUUGUAUUAAAUAAAAAAAUAUAUAUAUAUAUAUAUAUAUAUAACCAAUUUAUAAUAAUAGUAAAAAAAUAUAACCAUUAUAAGUUUCUUUAAUAAAUAAUUCUGUUUCAUCUCUGUCAUCAUCUGGAGCAUCCAACAAUGGUGUAAAAGCAUAUCUAUAAAUAAAAUU